AUGCUCUUCUUCAAGUCCCUCGCUCCUCUGGCCGCUCUCCUGGGCGUUGCCGUGGCCGGCCCCAUCGAGAGCCGCCAGUCUGCCACCACCUGCGGUAACACCGCCUACUCUGCUGCCCAGGUCCGCGCCGCUGCCAACGCUGCGUGCUCCUACUACCAAGCGGGUGACACUGCUGGUAGCUCGACCUACCCUCACACCUACAACAACCGUGAGGGCUUCGACUUCCUCGUCAGCGGCCCCUACCAGGAAUUUCCCAUUAGGUCCAGCGGUGUCUACACUGGCGGCUCUCCUGGCGCUGACCGUGUUGUCAUCAACACCAACUGCCAGUAUGCCGGUGCGAUCACUCACACUGGAGCUUCCGGUAACAACUUUGUUGGCUGCUCAGGCACCAGCUAG